AAAAAAAAAAUAACUCCAUCAGUAAUGGAGCUAAUGUUGAUUGUUGUCAUCAUCAAAUUCUAUAUACUUGACACACAUCUUUCUCUCCAUAGGAUGUCUUUAGAUUUUUCCGAAAUAAAAACAACUAUAUUAGUUAUUUUGAUAGUAGUAUUUCUAUUAUGUCUAAGAACAUUCAUCAAAUCAAAUGUUAAACCAUUAUUUUGGAUAGGUAUAAUGGCAGCAACCGGUGUUACAAUUUAUUAUGGUAUUGAAGAAUUAAAAGAAUUUGCUGAAAAGAAACAUAUUCAAGAAUCAUUACAAACGUUGUCAAAUGAACCACCACCAUCGACCACCGCCACCACUACUGUUGAACCACAAAUUAAUCAAAAAGAAUGUGAAGAAAUUUUCAUUAGACGUACAUCAAAAAUGAUUGGCAAAUGUUGUCUUGAUUUAAAUGAUUGCCAUUGUUUAAACAAUGAUCAUAAUGCACAAUUGUUAUUACGAUCAUGUCCAAAAUUGCAAGAAAAAAAUAUCGACAUUGUAUGCCGUUUUAUGGGACAACAACGGACAAUAAGAAAUGACCAACAAUUAUUAACAAGAAAAAUUCACGUUUUAAAUUCAUCAUCAUCAUCAUCACCAUCAUCACAAUGGCAACAAUCAAUUUUUCUAUUAUUGGAUACCAGCAACAAUACAGCACCAGUAUUGAUACAAAUUGCCUAG